UUUAAAGAAGUAGAUGUUUAUGAAUAUGUGUGCAUCGUGGUAAUUAGUAUAAAAGGUCAAUAAUCUUUGCACUUUGUAUAAAAUGGCCACAAAACUUUGAUUUUGUGCCCAACGAAAAAGGAUCAAUAAUUUGCUUAGCAUUUGAAAAUGGAGUGGAAAAAAACUUAACAAAUAGGGGUUAAUUCUACACACUUGCUCUCAGCUCUUAACCCCUCAUGAAAAAAAGUGUUGGAAAUGAGCUAGACCCAAAUUGAUUAAACUAAAGAAGUAGAUGUUAAAAGAAAAAUUAGCAACUGUUCAUUUACUUUUAAAUAACCGAUGUUCAAUCCAUUAAUUUAUCCACUUGAUGCAUUAGUUUGAAACGUUUGUAUUUUAGUGAUUUUUCCAAAAAUAGCACAUUUACAAAAAUUACAAAAAUAGCACCCAUUUUUAAAAACUGCAUCCCCUGGUGCGUUUUGCAUGUAAACCGCACCCCUCUGGUGCGUUUUGUAAUUAAAACCACACCCCCAAGGUGCGGUUUAGCUUUCUCGGCCAAAACCGCAUCUUGGCCAUGCGGUUUGCGGUCUGACCUAACCAAACUGCAUGGCCCAAAUGCGGUCUAGUCCUGACACCGCACUUUGGGGAUGCGGUUUUGCUUCUCCAAAACAAACUGCACCCUCAAAGUGCGGUUUUGGCAACACAAAUCGCACCCCCCAUGCGGUUUGUGUGUCAAUUAUUUUAUGACACCAAACAUGCAGCCAUGCGGUUUGUGUGUCAAUUAUUUUCAGAAUGAACUUGCUGCUAUGGUUACCAAUUUCUUCACAAACCUUUACACGCAAGAUGAUACUCCCUAUGAGGACAGGCUUCCAAAGGGCUCCUUCCCACGGAUUACUCAAUCGGAGUUGAUGGCCCUGCUUCGGCCUUUUACUAUAACGGAUAUCCAUAGGGCUAUUUUUUAUAUGAAACCAUUUCAGGCCCCCGGUCCGAAUGGUUUCCAAGUUGCUUUCUUCCAGCAUAUGUGGAGAGUCGUUGGAAGGAACCUCUCGGAGAUGGCUAUUGACUUCUUCUCCACCGGGACUCUGCCAGAGACGGUAUUUGAGUCACCCAUGGAGCUUAUCCCGAAGGUGAAAAACCCAGAGCGAGUGAACCAGCUGAGACCCAUCUCUCUUAAUAAUGUGAGCCUCAAAGCUAUCACAAAAGCUAUGACGAGUAGACUGAAGCCCCUCAUGAGGAAGCUAGUGUCUCCCAAGCAGGGUAGCUUCAUUCUGGGAAGACAGAAGACAGACAACAUCAUUGUGGUCCAAGAGGUUCUUCAUUCUCUCAGGCAUAAGAAGGGAAAGAAGGGGGUCUCGUUGUGAAGAUCGACUUGGAGAAAGCCUAUGAUAGGCUUCGUUGGGACUUCUUGCGGGACACUCUAAAGAAAGUUGGCCUCCCUAGUUCCUGGAUCAGCUGUAUAAUGCACUGCGUGGAGCAAAACCGGAUAAAAAUCCUUUGGAAUA